AUGUUUUGUCUAUGCCCCGAUAGAUCACUUUCCACGCGUCUUCUUCUCCUGAUUCUCUAUGGAUCUCACCGUUCCGUCGCCGCCGCUCCAAUGACUGUGUCGGACAAAGAGAUGGAAGAGAUGGUUGCGCAAGCCAGCUUCGAGCAAAAUGAACUUUCAUAUGAAAUCUUUGUAUCAGAGAAAUCAACUCUCCAUGAUCGCAGGUAUCUUCUGAAUAUUGAGAUCGAGAGAAGUUUGAUCACGUUCGAUUGUUUCUUUUUCUACGGUCCAGUUGUAAUUGGAAGUUAA